ACCUUCCUGACGACAUAUCCGGUGCAUGCUGGAAAUGUGUACCUCGCAAAUUUGCCUGAGUCAGUGUUUGGUGUGAAAAUACAAGGAUGGUGACAGAAGGGCCUGAGCAGAUGCAGAUGGAUGUAGAGGAUGGGAAGGGAGGCACAGGCCUGCGCCAGUACUAUCUGUCUAAAAUCGAAGAAUUACAGCUGGUUGUGAAUGAGAAGAGUCAGAACCUGAGACGUCUACAGGCCCAGCGAAAUGAGCUCAAUGCAAAAGUGCGCUUGUUACGAGAAGAGCUACAGCUGCUUCAGGAGCAGGGAUCCUACGUAGGAGAGGUGGUAAGGGCCAUGGAUAAAAAGAAGGUCCUGGUUAAGGUGCAUCCAGAAGGGAAGUUUGUAGUGGACGUUGAUAAGAACAUUGACAUUAAUGAUGUGACUCCAAACUGCAGAGUAGCCCUGCGAAAUGACAGUUACACUCUUCACAAAAUCCUUCCAAACAAAGUCGAUCCCCUUGUGUCACUGAUGAUGGUAGAGAAAGUUCCAGACUCCACAUAUGAGAUGAUUGGCGGUCUUGAUAAACAGAUCAAAGAGAUUAAGGAGGUGAUUGAGCUUCCCGUGAAACACCCAGAGCUGUUCGAAGCUCUGGGCAUUGCACAGCCUAAGGGUGUGCUGCUUUAUGGUCCCCCUGGAACAGGAAAAACGCUGUUAGCCAGAGCUGUUGCCCAUCACACAGACUGCACCUUCAUCAGGGUAUCUGGCUCGGAGCUUGUGCAGAAAUUCAUUGGAGAAGGUGCUCGAAUGGUCCGUGAGCUGUUUGUCAUGGCUAGAGAACAUGCUCCUUCCAUUAUUUUCAUGGAUGAGAUAGACUCCAUUGGCUCUUCACGACUAGAAGGUGGUUCGGGAGGAGACAGCGAGGUUCAGCGCACUAUGCUUGAACUGCUGAACCAACUAGAUGGCUUUGAAGCAACAAAAAAUAUUAAGGUGAUCAUGGCUACCAAUCGAAUUGACAUUUUGGAUUCAGCACUACUCCGGCCAGGUCGAAUUGAUAGAAAAAUUGAGUUUCCUCCUCCAAAUGAAGAGGCUCGACUAGAUAUUCUCAAGAUUCAUUCUAGAAAAAUGAAUUUGACACGUGGCAUCAAUUUGCGCAAGAUUGCAGAACUAAUGCCAGGGGCAUCUGGAGCAGAAGUGAAGGGUGUAUGUACAGAGGCUGGCAUGUAUGCUUUAAGAGAAAGGAGAGUUCAUGUUACACAGGAGGACUUCGAAAUGGCAGUGGCUAAGGUGAUGCAGAAAGACAGUGAAAAGAACAUGUCCAUAAAGAAGUUGUGGAAGUAGACAUUUUCUACAAAGGAACUACUCUGGAAACAUUACAAAUAAUUUGGACUGCAGUAUUUUUCAUGAUUUAAUAAAGUAUGUCUGUGUAUUUCA